GGAAAAAGAAAGAAAAAGAGUAUCAAACCAGAAAACAUAAGAAAGGCAAGACAAACUAGAACUAAUCAGUUUCUGGCGAUUGAGCUCCGUCCAUGGCGUGGCUUUGAUUCAAAACUUCAUUCCUGGCCAGCAGUCUCACUAUUUCACUAUCUGAAUUUCAUAAUCGGGUUGCUUCAGUAUAGACUAGGUAGAUGGACUGCAACAGGGAUGAGGCUUUGAGGUCGAAAGAUAUUGCGGAAAAGAGGUUUUUAGCGAAAGAUGUUAAUGGAGCAAAGAAGCUUGCUCUCAAGGCACAUAAUUUAUAUCCUAAACUUGAAGGCAUUUCACAGAUGCUGGCAACGCUUGAUGUUCAUGUUUCUGCUGAGAAGAGAGUAAACGGAGAGGUGAAUGUUUAUGAAAUUCUCGGCAUUAAACCAGAUGCUAAUGAAGAUGUUAUCAGAAAGCAGUACAGGAAACUGGCUCUCAUUCUUCAUCCUGAUAAGAACAAAUCCAUAGGAGCUGAGGGAGCCUUUAAGUAUGUAUCAGAGGCCUGGAGCUUGCUGUCUGACAAGGAUAAAAAGGCAGCAUAUGACCACAGGCAUGCUAAUGUGUUCCAAAAAAAAGUUCAGUCUUCGAUUGGAAAUCCAUCAAAACCACCAAUGCAGAAUGGCUUUUACAAUUUUGCGAAAAAUGCUGUGUCACAAAAGAAGCCUCCAAAAGAAAACAAGGAUACAAACACAAAUCCUGAAUCAUCCAAAGAGAAGGAGCGCAGAACCUUCUGGACAGUUUGCUAUCGGUGUAAGGUGCAAUAUGAAUAUCUUUUGAAGUAUUUACACCGAAACCUUCUUUGUCCCAACUGCCAUGAGGCUUUCUUUGCAGUAGAGAUCACACCCCCAUCUAAUGAAUCAAAAAGAACCAACGACGGUGAUAACACACAGCACCAAGGAAAUUUGAAGCAUCAUGGGAAGAACAAGAAGAUUCCUGGUAGUGUAAAAAGUAAUGCAGGCACUUCAAAUGUGAAAUCUACAGGGUUCCAGUGGAGCCCCUUCUCUAAAACUGCCGGUCCAGCAUCUGCUGUUCAUGCAGCAAGUGUAGUUCAACAGGCGUAUGAGAAAGUGAAGCGAGAACGUCAAGAAGCACAAGCUGCAACAAAAAGAGAGGAUGCAUUACGAAGGAAGCAUUCUUCCUCCAAAAGAGCUCAUGGGGUGCCAUUAGCUGCUAACUCCAGUGCCGCGAAGAGGAAAAGAGACGGGGAUAGUCCCAGUACAGCUAGAGAAAUGUCAAAGGAGAACUUAGAUAUUGGUUUAACCUACAGAACAGGUUUGUCUGGGCACACUAUAUUGAAAGGUAGGAGUAUACUAGGGCACAAGAUGGGCAUGGUAUAUCGUGGUGUUAAGCAUAUGUUGAUGGAGAAGGCAAAGCAACAGAUACAUAAGACAGCAGAAGAGAGGAGAUCUUCUACCAUGGCUAACUCUUCUGCCUCAGGUGCGGUUAAUAUGAAUGAGGAGAUACCUGUGAGCAUAGAAGUUAAUGCCAUGCAAGAUAGUGAGCGAGUCACUAAUAGCAUCGAAGUGCCUGCCAAAAAAUAUGAUAUUGCCACCACUGGGGGUUAUUUAUGCCGUGGAGUUUGUGAGCAUGUUUCAAUAGAUGUACUAGAUUCUGAUUUUUACAACUUUAAUAGAGAUCGAACAGAAAGUUGUUUUGAAGGCAACCACAUUUGGGCAGCAUAUGAUAAUGAUGAUGGUAUGCCUCGGUAUUAUGCCAUGGUUCAUAAUGUGAUUUCAGUGAAUCCCUUUAAGGUUGGGAUCAGUUGGCUCACUUCACUUACCAACAAUGGACUAGGCCCUCAAUACUGGUUUGAUUCUGGUUGCUCAAAAACAUGUGGCAGCUUUAGGAAGGGCAGACAUGAAAUCCAAAACUCUCUCAGUUGCUUCUCUCACAAGGUUAGGUGGUCAACGGAUUCACAUGGGGCCAUACAGAUAUUUCCUAGAAAGGGAGAUGUUUGGGCGUUGUACAGAAACUGGUCUAGAGAGUGGAAUGAGCUCACAGAUAGUGAUACAAUACACAAAUAUGAUUUGGUGGAAAUAAUUGAUGAUUAUGACGAAGAACAAGGGGUAAUUGUCACCCCUCUUGUGAAAGUUGCUGGCUUCAGAGCAGUGUUUCACCGGCAUUUGAACCCUCAUGAAAUGAGAGUAAUCCCAAGGGAAGAAAUUUUUCGCUUUUCCCAUCAGGUACCAUCCCACUUGCAUACCGGUAAAGAUUGUACAAUUGCCCCCAAAGGUUGUUUGGAGUUGGAUCCAGCUGCUUUGCCUUCAGAACUUCUUCAUGUUAUUCCAGACGUUGACGAGGCUGAAUGCCUAAUUGACGAGGGAAACAUUGAGGAAAAUAUAAACGCGAAGGCCGAGUGUUCUCAAUCCAGUGAUGGGGUUUUAGAGGAUGCCAUGAAUAAAUCCGGGGAAGUAGAAUCACAGAAGACUGCAAACCAAGAAUGUAAAUAACACAGGUUUUCUGUUGCCGAGGUAUUUAGUGACUGAUCAUAUGAUUCGAUUCUACUCUUGGCUUGUAGCUGUUUGAGACCAACACAAUUUCUUGUCUGCAAAUUGAAGGCUGUCAUGAUUCUUCAAGAUGAAAGAGUGGAUACUUACGUGUUACUGUAGACAGAUGAAAAGAGUGUCAACACUAUAUAGAGCUUUUAUCAAAGGUGGAACGUCCACCCCGGGCGCCCCCACACCCCGGCUCGACAGGAUCGUGAGGGGGGGGGGAAUCAAAUAGAGCUUUUAUCAACAAAGAUAUUGGUGUGCAGUGCCCCCCCUUUCAUUUAUAGUUCAUUUAUGGAAUGGGUAUUCUGCAUGCUUGAUCUUAUAGCCAAAUACAUCAGAGUUUUUCUCUCACACAUUUAGUUUGGCAUUGAUUGUAAUGAUAUUAUAGAUCAAAUCUCUAAUACCAUCCACAACAGGAUGAAAGGAAUUGCC